AUGUUAAGAUUGAGAACGAACGCGGUUGCAAAAUUUAAAAGCCACCUUUUUGGAGGUGAUCGCCGUAGCGCCAUCUCGGCUGCGAGUAUACCGACAGUUAGCCGAAAAAUUUCUACAGAAAGUCCAGUUCCAGAAAGUGCUGAUGUAGUAAUUAUUGGUGGCGGAUCGGCCGGUUGUAACACACUGUACCAGCUGGCCAAACGUGGCGUCCGGGCGGUACUGCUCGAAAAAUCAAAGCUAACGGCCGGAACAACGUGGCAUACGGCCGGACUGGUAUGGCGCCUUCGACCGAACGAUGUGGAGAUUCGGUUGCUGGCGGCAACGCGCGAUCUUCUUAUGAGCCUCGAGGAAGAAACGGGCCAAAACUCGGGCUGGAUCAACAAUGGUGGACUGUUUAUUUCGCACUCCCCGGAACGAUUGGACGAGUACAGCCGUUUGGCUACGCUGGGCAAGUGUUUCGGGAUCGAAUCACACAUCAUUAGCCCUGAAGAGUCACAGAAGCUGUUUCCAGCGCUGGAUCCAAGCGCUUUUACCGGUGCGCUGUACUCGCCCGGCGAUGGUGUAGUCGAUCCGGCCAUGAUGUGUACUGCGCUGACGAAAGGGGCUACGGCCAAUGGUGGGCGCGUGAUCGAGGACUGUACCGUAACGCAGAUCGUGACCGGUGAGAAUCUGCUCGGCAUGAAGGACGUACGCGGUGUUAUGACAAACAAAGGCACAAUCAGGACGAACACGGUAGUGAAUGCGACUGGUGUGUGGGGUCGCGAUUUGAUUGAACCGUUGGGCGUGUUUUUGCCACUGAUUCCAAUGAAGCAUGCGUACGUAGUGUCGGAAACGAUGGAUACCAUCCAUCAGAUGUUGCCGAACGUGCGCGAUCACGAUUUUUCGCUGUACUUCCGCAUCCAGGGCAAAUCGAUCUGUAUGGGUGGGUACGAGAACAAUCCGAUCCUGCUAAACCGUGUUCCGGGAGACUUCCAUUUCGGGCUGUACGAUCUGGACUAUUCGGUGUUCGAUACGCACAUCCAGGGCGCGGUAAAGCUAUGUCCAGCGUUUGGUAGUGCGGGGAUAAAGAGUACAAUCUGUGGGCCGGAGUCAUUUACGCCCGACCAUAAGCCCCUGAUGGGUCCGGAUCCGACGGUGAGUGGAUUGUUCCACAGUGUGGGAUACAACUCGGCCGGUAUGAUGCUGGGUGGUGGAUGUGCUGAACAGUUGGCGAAAUGGAUUAUUAACGAGCGACCCGAUCGGCACAUGUUUGCGUACGAUGUGCGUCGCUUUACGCCGAAGCAGAAGAAGGCACUGAACUGGGCUACGGAACGAAGUCACGAGGCGUAUACUAAAAAUUAUAGCAUCGUUUUUCCUCACGAUGAACCGCUGGCAGGACGUAACUUUACCGUCGAUCCAUUCCACAAGCAAAUGAUCCAAUAUGGCGCCGUUAUGGAGGAGCGACAUGGAUGGGAACGACCGGGAUACUUCCUGCCAGAUGAGACGGUUGUAGUGCAACCAUACGAUUGGUACGGAUUCUACGAUCAUCCCAAGAAUGCGAACACACACUACGAGGAAGCACUAAAGGGAGACUACACGUUCGGAUUCUCGGAGCAUCACGAUUUGAUCGGCGAGGAAGCACUAACCUGCCGGCAUGAUGCAGCACUGUUCAAUCUCAGUUACUUUAGCAAACUUUUUCUAACCGGCAGCCAGGCUAAGGAGGCCGCAGAGUGGAUCUUUACCGCCAACUUGGAUAAACCUAUCAACAAAACUGUCUACACGUGCGCACUUAACAAACAGGGCGGUGUGGAAGGUGAUGUGACGAUCAGUAUCGUCGAGUCGGGACUGGGUGGACUGCAUGAUCCCAUUUUUAAGGGUCGUGGAUACUAUAUAGUAGCCGGUGGCGCAUCGGCUUACCACACCAAAUGUCACAUCCUGGCCGCAAUUCAGGAGAAAGCGUUCCGUGCCGUCGUGAGCGAUCACACCGAAGAGUUGGGCGUUCUAUCACUCCAGGGACCGAAAAGUCGUGACAUUUUGCAAAAGAUUACCGACUUUGACCUGUCGAACGAGCAGUUGCUACCGAUGAACUCUACCGCUAUUCUGACGAUCAAGAUCAAUCCACACUACAGCUGCACUGUGCGUGUUUUGCGCGUGAGCUUCGUCGGCGAGCUGGGCUAUGAAUUGCACAUCCCAGAGGAAAGCUGUAACGAUGUGUACAACGCACUGAUGAAGGCGGGCUAUAAGGACAGUUUGCGGAAUGCGGGCUACCGGGCACUGUACUCGCUCAGCAGCGAGAAGGGCUACCAUCUGUGGGGAUUCGAUCUCCGCUCGGACGAUACACCGAUCGAGGCAAACUUGGGCUUUGUGUGUCGGAAAAAUGGCGAGUACCAGGGCAAGGAGAUAGUGGAUCGGCAGCGUGAAAAUGGCGUUAGUCGUCGGUUGGCCUUUUUCACUCUCCGCGAACAGGUGCCGAUCUGGGGCUUGGAAGCGGUCUAUCGGGAUGGAGAGAUCGUGGGCCAUUUGCGCCGUGGCGAGUAUGGGUACACGCUUCAGAAACCGAUUGGCCAGGCGUACGUGCAGCGUUCAGAUGGCAGUCAGAUUACCAACCAGUUCCUGCAAACGGGCCACUACCAGAUCGAGGUGAUGGGCAAAAAGUACGAUGCCGACUGCCAUCUGAGAAGUCCGUUCGAUCCGAAAGGUGAACGGUUGCUGGGAAUAUACAAAUAAAU